AUGAGUUCAAGUAAACCAAAGCUUGCCAACCCAAGUUUUCAAAAGAGCGAAAAGGCUAACCAAGAAGCCGCUAUAGAUGAAUUAGAACAAAUGUACAAACAUAAAUUCUCUUGGAUGGAUGAUGUUGUUGAUAUUAGAGAUGAAUGUCCAUUGUGUAUGGUCUAUGUAAAUUCACCUUGUUAUGAUGCUUUCAGUGAUUAUAACAAAUUGGAUGAUGUUAAACUUGAAUUGAAGAAUUCCAUCCGAAAGGAAAAAACAUCUGAAAAGGAACUUGAAUAUAAACUCUAUGUUCAAAAAACUGAUUUGGCUUGGGAUAAAUUAAUGAAGUGUGUCAAUCCACAACAAGAAUUAUAUUUGAAUAGACAAAAAGAAUUGAGAUCAUACAUUAACAAUGUCCAACAAUAUGAAAAGAAAGCAUUAGGAGAGUAAUUUUACAAUAGGGUUAUCAUCAAAAUAAUAAUAAUAAUUGAAAUUACCAAUUGAAAAGAGAUCUCGGAUAUAAUACUUGACAAUAUUAUGAUGCACAAAUAAUCAUCAUAAUAAAGUAUACUACUCAAUAAAUAUAUU